UACGUUCGCGUUUCAUUCAUUAGUCAACUUUCAAUCAGCACGUACGCGUCGUGUUACGUCGUCGCCGUUGUGUGUUCGGUGGUCCGGACAAUUUUCACCAUUUUCCCUGCAAUGGAGUGUAGUUCCGUUGCCCAUUAGUGGUCAAACUUCGUGCUCAUCAACGUCGGUUAGCGUUUUUAUUGUGAAACAGUGAAAAAAAUGAAGUGAAAAGCGUGUUUCAUCGAGCAAAAAAAAAAAUAAAGUGCUGGCGAUUGGGAAAAUCGUACAGUCUGUGUGCCAGCCAAGUAGCAAUCCAAUGAAAGGGCAGCGAAUGCAAAGGGCUGCUGAGUUUUUUCCUUGCAUGAAAAAUUGUGAUUGAACUGUGGAAGGUUUUUCACCGUUCCGCAGUAGACCAGCAUUCGUAAAAAAGAUGGUGCCGGGGACAAAGUGCUGAAAAGAGUAAAAAGUUUGUGGCAAAACCUGGGUAUAGUAGAUUGUGUGUGGUCACGGAAAAGGAGGCCGUACGUGCUAGGUGAGCGAGAUUGUGAAAAUAUCGGAUGAAAAAGUUGUUCAGUGGCCAAGCGCGUUUGUGUGAGUGAAUUGCAACGGUGUGUGUGUCUGCUUUUUUAUGUCGAAUUAUCGUCGGAGGAGCCGUCGAGCCGUGCGUGUGUGUGUUUCUGUUCAGUGCCGUCGUAGCGAGUUUGCGUUCGAUGUGUGAUGGCCAAUGUUUCCACAAAGAGAAAUAAUUAUAAAAUAUAUUAAUAAUAACAUCAGCCGAAGCCAUCGACGACAGAUAAUAAGAGAAACAAGCAGAAAAGUGAAAUAAGAGCAGCAGUUGAGGCAAAAACAGCAACAGCGAAGACACUCGCCGAUAUUCGGUUUGGCAGCCGCGGAAUUAUCCAUGUGUUUAAAAACAGUUCAAAUUGUGUGUAAAGUUACCUUGAACCAAUCAUGAAAGAACAAACUUACGAUCGAAGAAAUACUGCAACUUAUUGGUCCGAAUUGAUUCAACUUACAAUUGGCCGUGCCACGGUGCACCGUUGUGUUUCUCCUCUGGUCAGUACAUCAUCCGGCGUUAGUUUCGUUAGUAGUGCGACCGAAAUUUUCAAUUCCCCGUAGACCAACCCCUCAAACACGCCUCACUGCGAGUAGAAACUUUUCCAGGCGGGGCCGCAAAUGAAAAAGUCGCAUUUUCGCUCGAACUACGACUUUUCCGGUCGGCCAACCGUAGUGACUCCGUCGUCGUCGUCGUUGUUGUACUCGCCGUCACCGUCCGAGUCCUUGAGGUAUCAGCAACAGCUAGCACCAGAGCAAGCUGCUUUCCUGAUUGCGACCAAAGACGUUCAGUCUCUUUAUCAUCAGUAUCAGCAGCAGCCACCGCAGCAACAGCAGACAGAGCAAUUUGUUCUCAUUCGUGAAGGAUACUCAUAUUCACGGAGGCGCAACGCACGAUACGAGGGUGUUGCUGAGUCAUUCGAUUCGCAGCGAAAUCCGGCGGUAGAGGACGAACGCAGACCGUCGGCUAGUAGUCAACUGCUCCAGCAGCAACAGCCGCGACUGGUUGACUUCGAAGAGCUUCAGUACGCCAUCGGAGACCAAGGCGCCAUCUUGCGAAACCAACAGCCGCCAUCAUCGACUCGUGGCUAUGACGAUCCGGCCGUUUCCGGUGUAGAGGAAGCUCGCUCCGAAAACAGUUCAUCCCGGCCGCCGGCUGGCGUCGCCUUUUGUCGUCCGAUUUUUGUAGGCGAUUCCGGUGUAGAUCAGGUGCCCCCUCAGCCAGCAGUCGUCGGUUCGAGUGCGGUUGUAAUCGACGGUGGCCACCAUCAGCACCCGCAGCAGUCGGUCAUCUACGAAAGUUCAUCAUCGCGCAACGAUGGUGGAUUGAAUUCUCAUCAUCAGAAUCAGUACAAUCAGCAGCAGCAGCAUUCGAAUAAUCAUCAACGCCACCGCCAGUCCAACGCAGUGGACUCUUUGGCCGGUUCUGACUAUCGGAGCGGGAUUGAGACCGGCCACAUAAAGCAUCCAUCGGUGUCGAAGGCAGUUGCAGCAGUCGGAGUAGCAACCAAACGCAAGAGAGAUACAGCCGAGUGCGACUGUGGUUGUGUCGAAAGUGCUACCGUCGUUGUAACCACCACCAGUAGCGCUAUCAUCAGUAACAACGCCGGCGGGAGUAUCAACACGUGCAACAACAAUAGCAACCGAAAGGAUAACGGUAGCGGCGGCAGCGGUACCGUAGUUGCGGCCACCUCGGGGGCUAUGGGUGCCCCAUCAAACGGCACCAAGACGGCACAUUCGAAGGUUGCAACUGGGGGAGGUCAUGCCAACACGCAGACCUCCAGCAAACGGUCGAGCAGUGGAGCCGAUGGCGACUACCAGCUGGUACAGCACGAGGUGCUGUAUUCGCUGUCCGCACAGUAUGAGGUGUUGGAGUUUCUCGGCCGAGGCACAUUCGGUCAGGUGGUUAAAUGCUGGAAGAAGGGCACCAGCGACAUCGUCGCCAUCAAAAUCCUCAAGAAUCAUCCGUCGUACGCGCGCCAGGGCCAGAUCGAGGUAUCGAUUCUGUCCCGGUUGAGCCAGGAGAAUGCGGACGAGUUCAACUUCGUGCGGGCGCUCGAGUGCUUCCAGCACAAGAAUCACACCUGUUUGGUGUUCGAGAUGCUGGAGCAGAACCUGUACGAUUUUCUCAAGCAAAACAAAUUCUCGCCGCUGCCACUCAAGUACAUCCGGCCGAUUCUGCAACAGGUUUUAACAGCUUUACUAAAACUGAAACAGCUCGGUUUGAUUCAUGCGGAUCUGAAGCCUGAAAAUAUCAUGUUGGUCGAUCCAGUUAGGCAACCCUACAGAGUGAAGGUGAUCGAUUUCGGUUCGGCAUCGCAUGUAAGCAAAACGGUGUGCAAUACGUACCUGCAGUCUCGCUAUUACCGAGCGCCGGAGAUCAUCCUCGGUCUGCCGUUCUGUGAGGCCAUCGAUAUGUGGUCGUUGGGCUGUGUCGUAGCGGAGCUGUUUCUCGGGUGGCCCCUGUACCCGGGCUCCUCUGAGUAUGAUCAAAUCAGGUACAUAUCGCAGACGCAGGGUCUCCCAACAGAGCAUAUGUUGAACAGUGCCAGCAAAACGGCAAAAUUUUUCUACCGGGAUGUGGACUCUACUUAUCCCUUUUGGCGGCUCAAAACACCAGAAGAACAUGAAGCGGAAACCAACAACAAAAGCAAGGAGGCUCGAAAGUACAUUUUCAACUGUCUGGAUGACAUCGGUCAGGUAAACGUUCCGACCGAUAUCGAAGGGGGUCAACUGCUGGCGGAGAAGACUGAUCGGCGGGAGUUCAUUGAUUUGCUAAAACGAAUGCUAACGAUCGACCAGGAAAGGCGAAUAACGCCGGGUGAAGCACUGAAUCAUCCGUUCACCACAUUGGCUCAUCUGGUCGACUAUGCCCACUGCAACAAUGUCAAAGCGUCCGUCCAGAUGAUGGAGGUGUGCCGCAGGACGGACUCGAUGAUUCACACGUACAAUCUAAGUGUUCAACCAACGACAGCUACCUUGGUGACUAACUUCGUCCCGAAUGCUACGGAGAACAUGACCAUCACAUUUAAUAACCAAGUGCAACGAAUUGUCCGAGAACGGGGUCCCACGUACGACAACCAUCUGUACCAGAUCUAUCGUGGACGAAAUGUAGGCAGUCAAUAUAGUAACGGUCGGCCGGAUGCAUUUCAGCAUCAGCUGGUGUCGAGUAUUCUUUGUCCACCCGGCUACCAGACGAUGCCGAGUCCGACGAAACACGUUGUCGUUGGUGGAACGUCGAUGCAGCCACCCCUUCAGGUUCCACCGCAGCAAUAUGUCAACGUUCCUGUUCCGGUGUCGAUGGUUGAACCGUCCAGCGGCCAGCGGAUGCUGUUAACCAAUGCGGUCCAACCGAACGUUGCCUGGCCCCAGAGCGGACGCCAGGUGGCGAUUGUGCCAUCGUGGUCACAGCAAACCGGGCCGCACUCGUUGAUCGUCGAUUCGGCACCGUUUCUCAAUGUGGAGGAAAUCUAUCCAAAACCGCAUUUGAACAUCCAGACCAGACACGAACCGAAGAAGGAAUCGCCGGUGCAUCAUUUGGUUGUUUCCCGCCACGACAAAAAGGAAAAUAACCAGCUUUCGCCGGUAAAGAAGCGCGUCAAGGAGAAUACUCCGCCGCACCAGCAGAGGUACAAUAAUCGUACUCACAUGUGCCAGCAGUAUCACGAUGUGGGUGGCCCAUCGUCUUCGUCGUCGUCGUUUUAUCAUGGUGGCAAUAGCAGCAGCAGCAGUAGCAAUCAGUUGCAACUACAGCAGCAGCAACAACAGCAGCAGCAGACUCAGCAGCCAUCAUCACACCACCAUCCACAUCAAUCGCAUCAGCAGCAGUCUCAACAGCAGCCGCCGCCGCCGAUGCAGCAGGCUAGCAGCGGAAGCAGUGGCGGUCAUCAUCACCACCAUCACUACCAAUCAAUGGAACCCAGUCAAAGUAGCAGCAGUGGUGGUCUAGGAUCAAGCAAUGUACAAAUUCACCAUUCGUCAUCGUCUUCAUCCUAUGGAGGUGCUGGCAAUGGCAGCAGUAUGAUGAUGGGUGGUAGCGGAAGCAUUUACCAUGGCUCUAGUGGUGGCCACCAUCACGGUGGAAGUAGCAGCAGCGGCCACAUACACCAUAGUCACAGCCACAGUGGCGGAUUAAACAGUAAACAGCAAACGAUUACUAUCCACGACACGCCAUCUCCAACGGCAGUCAUUACGAUCUCCGAUAGUGAGGAUGAAACUCCUGAAGUCAAACAGCAGCAACAGUUGUCCAACAGUUCCAAGCAGCAUCAGUCGACUAGUAUGUGCGGUGGUGGACCAGGAACCAGCAGUGGUAAUGGUGGUCAACAUCUUAGAGGACAUCCAUCUUCUCUCAGUGGCGGAGGUGGCAGUUCCUCCUCUUCUUCGAAUCAAUGUCGAACAAGCAUGGGAAUGAGUGGCAACAUAGGAGGAGGAAGUAGCAUGAACUGUGGCAUUAAACCUUCUUCGUCCUCAUCGAACAUCCAUCACUCAGCAUCGUCAUCGUCGCUAGUAUCGCUGAGCCAGCAGCCACCACCUCCAAGUGGUAGUUCACAUCACCAUUCGUCACAAUAUCACAUGCAGCAUGCACCACAACCACAUUUACAUCCUCAUCAACUGCAGCAACAACAGCAGCCAGUACAGCAUCACACUAGUGUGAUCAGCAGUGGAAGUCAAGCUGGUGGCAAUAGCAUAUGUGGUGGAGGAAGCAGCAGCGGCAGCAAUACCGGAACCUUGUCCGGCAGGCAAAGAAAGAGCACCGCUGUGGCUUCCACUUCGACAGCCUGUGUUACCGUGGGCGAUAGUGAUGGAGAGAAUGAUCGGCGCAUUACACCCAAGCAUCAAGCUAUUAAAUACGAACAACAUGUGGGUCAAUCGCAGAAGAAGAGAUUGUUAGCGAUGGCACAGAACGAAUGCCUUCUAUCGUCAACGAACCAGUUGCAUGUUCCGAAACAGGAACCAACCGAGUUUGUUGCAUACGAAUAUCCUCAGGUGGACAAGCGUUCUUCGUGGGCUCCACCAGGUUCAUCGUCGCAAUACGGUGGCAAUGGCAGCAGUCACAAGCGGGAACCUUCGAAUUAUAUGCCGUCGGCAUCGUCGUCAUCAUCGCUUAACCAAAGUGGCAAUGGCGGAGGUGGUAGCAGCAUGAUGUGUGGUGGUGGUGGCAACAGUAUGGGUGGAUCGACCAUCGUGGCUGCCCCUCCGCAUGCACACGCAAAGAACACCCCAACGGGUAGUGGAUCCUCCUGGGGCGCACCGGUCUACAGACAGCACCAGCAGAGCUCGAACACUCCGUUAGGAAGUUCACCGGGGGCGAUUCUGCAGCAACAGGACAUCUACGUCCAGGGUGACAUCUAUCGGCGGUCGGCGGUUUUUGUAUCACCGGCACCCUACCAGACGUACAACCGUGUGGUGCCACCGCCGGCCCACAACGCUUCCAGCCGACAGGUUCUUCCUGCGCAUCCCCUUCCGGCGCACAUUCAGUUUCCGACACAAUACAGUCAGUUCGGUCCACUCAGCCCUGCUCAGAUUGCCAGUAAACAUUAUGCUUGGUUCGGGGAGUAAACCCCGCUUGUCGAUGCUUGUCUUCUAAUACCCCGUGUGAAUAUUUGGGAGCCAACAGGAGACGCUGUAACGAAAUAUGUGAAAUCAAGAUUGGUUGAAUCAGAAAGAGCAGUUAAAAUUUUUUACCCUCACUAGGAGUAGUUCUUUAUUUUUUUGCUUUCUCUAGUAUUUUUGUGAGUAACUUUUCUGCAAAACGAUAUAUUUUUAGACACUUUAUGCAUUGUAAAGCGCUGUCAUAAUUGCUGCGACUUAUCAGGUCAUAUUAGUACAUUAUAUACAUGUUUCCUUUGUCGUUUCGUUUGUUUUUUUCUCACUGGAGAAUAAUAAUACACUCAUAUUAGAUACUAGUGGCGUUCUUUAGAGCUGCAAAAAACGACAGCAACAGACACAAUAACUAUUAAUUUAGGGCUUUAUUUGUUCGUUUCACAAGUUUACUAUUGCUACCUUAUUACACUAAACUAAAAGAAAGCAGAACCAUAGGUCGUAGGGAUGAAAUUCAUCAUUUUUAAUCACCUUUUCCUCCUCUUGUAAAUUAGUUAGAGGUAUACAUUACUUACAUACGCAGGAAAAAAAAUCUAUGCAUUGAUAUACAUGAUUAACUACUACUACAAAUGCGGUAAAACAAAAUCCUAGAACGAUAGGAACACAACGUCUAGUGUCUAAUAGUAUUUAGGAGCCGCCAAUCCCCUCCCGAUUUCUUUCUUUGAAAUUAGCCCUAACAGCUGUACAAAAAAGUGUAUGUGAAAUUCGAUGAGGAGGGGAAGCGAGCUAAAUGUGAUUUCUAUCUAAUACUUAGAUGUAGAAUGGAAUUGUUUGAAUUAAUCGCUCGUUCAUGCCACUGACAUAUUGCAAAGUUUGGCAUCAUAACAAACGAUAACAACAGCUACAAACAAGAAGCAUAAAUCGGUUAAUCAGAGAAGUGUGCGAAACGAAAAAAAGAGCAUGAUUUUUUUUGGGUCGACUACAAUUUAAUAAUAGAUCUCACCGUUCACUCUUUUCACAAUGUCGCUGAUUGGAAGUCUGCUGUAGACUAUGUCCUGCCAAUAGAAAGCUAGCACGGCAUUAGAAGGGUGCCGUUCACCGCUUCCGGGAAAUGCGCUAGCGAAGAAAAGCUAAACACAGGACACUUUGCCAGGUUCUCAGUUUUCUUUUUUUUGUUUUGUAAAUAUAGGAUAGUCUCAUAAGGAGAAGAAAAAGAAGGAAAGCGGAAGAAAAUACUGAAACAAUAAUAUAUUUUUGUGCAUAUUUUAUAUUUAUAUAUUAGUAGUCAGCAAAAAAAUCAAAUAGUAAUAUGUAAUAAAGAUAGUUCGAUCGUUCUUGGAAGUCUAGUAGAGGCACAGUGGAAUACAAUCGUAUUUGGACUGAUGACGAACGUGAUUGCGGUGUAGCCGGUGGGACAAAUGAUUAGUUCGAUAAACUGGCUAAUGCUCACCACUUAGUGGAUGUACUCUUCAGAGUAGGUCUACAAUAGUAAAAAGAAUGGAAACAAAACAUAUUCUCAAAAUCAAAUCCAGAGCCAAUUAGAAAACGAUUCCACGGUAAUUUUCCACUAAUUAAUAAAUUCUUCUUUCAUUCAGAGGUGAAAACAUCUCAAAUUUGACAGUUACAUAAGUUUUUUUAAAACUUAUUUUGUGCAACUUCAAAACAACAUACCUCUUCAGCUGUUUCACGUCUAAUAAUAUUCAGAGAUGGUUAGCCAGACUAUUAUCGAUAUUUGCUGUUUGAUAAUGUCCCAUUACGACUGCGGGUGGAAUUAACCCUCAAAGAAAAUACGAUCGUCAGUUCAAAAUUUUGAACGGAAAAUUAAAAAUAAAAACAGAAGCGAAAAGCGAAUAUACAAAUUGCCUUAUACAGAUAUAACAAAUUAUCGUAUUAAUUAACUAUUAAUUAUAUUCAGAUAAAAAUUAAACAUACAUAUUCAGACAAAAAAAAAAACAAACAAACAAACAGUGCAUGUAGCAAACAACAUGAGUGUAUGUAAAAUAAUCGAAGUGAACCACAAACAAUAAGCUGUGCAGUGUUACGUAGAUAGCCAGCUUUCUAGAUAGAACUGUUUAGCUUUCCUUCUGUAAUUAUUAUAUGAUUGUAAAAAAAAACAACACAAAGUAAUAUGGAACAUAAUUGGCAUUUUCUGAUUCGUAUGCGUGUUUGAACGAAAGCAAAAUUACUCUCACUAUAAAGUUUUCAUUGUGAUUUAUUGAGUUGAACCAAUUGUGUAUAAAUAUUUUAGGUUAAUGAAGACUAUAAUUUUGCAAUUCUUAUUUCGGGUGGCGAAUGUUCACACUAGCUUAUAUACGCAAUUAAUUUUACUGCUUUUUUUGUCUUAUCUCAGCUUAUUAGUUGCAAGUUGAUUUGUUUUUAAUGAAAUAAUAAUGACCACUGUUGCGUACACACUCCAGAGGAUUAUAAUCACUGCAAAGUAUAAGCAACAUUAAUACAUGCAAGAAAAAAUACACACAUACACACACUCACAAACACACACUUUACUAAAUAAUUCAAUCAAUUUAGAGAGACUGGAAAUUUCUAUAUAUACAUAUAUAUUAAUAUCGAUUAGGUUUUAUGUGAACAACUAUUUUGUACGGCAAAUACCGGUAUAACGACAAACAAAUGCUAUUAAUUACUCUUACCUACUAUUAUUAUAAUUAUUAUCAUUAUAAUCAAAGUAAUCGGUUGGUCAACAUUUCUAUUAACACUAAUGCGAGCCGCGCUCACUUUUUUAACUAAACAUACAGAAUACACACAAAUACACAGAUGCGCGCGCGAGUAAACCGCGAGAGAUUAUACUAGCUAUGGUUGUUUCUGGUGUAGACUUAGCUAGUAAUUACUGUGAAAACAAGACAAACAAAUUAUGCAGUCAACGUAACAUUUUCGCUAAUCUUUUGAUUGACCCAGGCAAAUCGGGUUAGCCCUUCGCAAGUCAGUAACUUUUAACGCGUGGUAACGUUUAGUUUAGUACAUAUAUCCGAGUAGUAGGGGGUUUCUAAUUUUCAUUUAUUUUUACUAUAGCCAUCAGCCAGCCGUUAAGAGUUAGACUGUCUAGCUAAGGUUUGCGAUGAUUAUGAAUCGGUGUUGUGAGUAGCGAGAUAGAUAGAUAGCUGAUAGAGACAGAGAGUGAAGCGCUCUUCUUGAAGAUAACACUUACGAAUAAUGAAAUAGCCACUGACUGAUGGGGUUUUAAAACGUAGAGUUGGGGGUAUUUUCUUUGAACAACAACUGGCUUUUUUUUCUGUUGGCGCUUCAGCUCCUGCGAAUGGUCCGUUUAGAAGGAUGAUAAUUUUUUUCUUUCUGCAGUGGAGAUUGUGUAGUUUGGUAGGAAUUAAUCCCCAUUUACUUUUCAAUCUUUGUCACAAGCGUCAGUAUCAGUUUAGAUUUGUUGUUUUAUUUCACUUGAUACAAUUUAUUAAUAUAUAUUAAUACAGUGUAAUUGGUCAAAUGUCAAACGUCACCUGCUGGAUGCGGGAAUAAUAUUACAGUAUGUGUUUAAGGACAGCCUUGUGUAUGUGUUAGUACUUUCUUUUUUGCUGGUUCAUUUUAUUAAUAACUAAUAAUGCCUUAUUCUGAGUAUAUGGAUUAUAUAUAUGCAAACAUUUUAUACGAAACAAAGGGAGGAAAAAAACUAGUUACAAAAAAUACAAAUGCUGAACAAAACAGUAAUGCAAUUAAACGUAGAAAAAUUAUCUUUUUGUUCGUAUACUUUAUUAUAUUCUGUUGGUUAUCACAAUCCUUGUUUCGAUUAUUUUCACACGUUCUAUGAUUGUGUUUGUGCUUGUGUACAGUUUUUUUGUUUUAAUCUAGAUUUCAUGACGUUCAUCUAUCAAUGGAGUACAGUUUUCCUAUUUUCUUAUCUUUGAACGUUUGGUAUUUUUUCAUUAUUCGUUGGAAUUUGAAAAUUAUUUUAGUGCAUUUUGAUUAGUAGUGUUCAGUUUUUGAAAUUGGGUAGAAGUUAUAAGGUUGAGAUGUUGGCAGCUGGUAGCUCCGCUUACUUGACAUCGAUAAAGUCAAUUAAAAACAGAGCUCAAAAAAGAGAUUUCAGCCCGAGCAUCAUUCGAGUUAUUGAAUGAAUGGAACCGAUUUUUUUGUACGACAUCAGCCUAAUUAGGUUUUUUUGUUCAAGCACAACUUCACAAAACUAGUUGCACCUAACUGAAUCGUACUGGGGCCGGUAAUGUUUCGUGCCGUUAUAUUUCGUAACUAAAUUAUCAACUUCUAUGCUAUUGUAUGCUGCUCUCCAUGAAAAACAGUCUCGUACGGGAAUUCUCCCUAGUUAGCUUACAACCGAAGCUUUCAUUGGCGUAGAAGAGCAAUUUUUCAUACACUCUUUAGACAAACAAGUAAUGCCUUCCCCCGUUGAUUGUUUCUUUCUAUCCGAUAAGGUUAACUAAUAAAUUCUUAUCCUCCCAACACCUCGGGAAUUGUUUCAGCUGCAGCUGCAUUAAGAAAAUAAGGGUUUCCAGAACUAAAUCGCAAUAUUUGUUAGCUUUGCUCAAUGUUCGACCCUCCGGGAGGAUCAGCGUUUUGUGCAAAUUGAACAACUAUGAACUUUCAGCUUGAAUCGUCCACCACAGCGUGGUAUUUACCAACAAAAGAUUCUGCAAACGUUUUCGAUAUGAAAAACAGAUUACGGAAUAGCUCGAUAACUAUGUUGGUGGUUUUACAGCUUGUUUGCAGGCUUGUCGUUUGUCCUCAAAGAAUUACUAGCGUUUAGGAGAACAUCUUUCACUGCGGAAACAACUACUCUUAUACUGGUGAGCAAAUCGACGCAAGUGCUAGAAGAGUGCCGUUUGUAUCUGGGGUGCUUGCAAGAAAACACCGUGGUUAAACCUUAAAUAUCUCUCUUAAACGAUAAUAAAUUGAGGUGAGUUUUCCCACAAGAAAGGGCAUGCACAAUAACUACAUUUUCGAGCUCGUUGCAGUGCUUUACCAGUGCGUCUCUUGAGCAUAUAUCAAAUUAGGGGAGCAUCUGGGUAGGAAAGUAGAUUGCGUUUAUUUUAGAGAUACUGAAAAAAAUCCAGGCGCCACUCCGCAUCAUAUUCUUCUACGAGAAAACCGUCUACCGUGCGUACUGCGGUGUGUUUCUGUGUUUUCUCACUAGAGUGAUUGACCACUAUUCUUUCGCUCGACUGUGAUGUAAGCAGCAAGUGAGUUAUUUUUCUGCGAGCAGCAGAAGCACAGCACAAAGUAGAAGAAAGAGGUGUGAUGCAAAAAAUUGCUACAUACGGCGCUCAUGCUGGGCAAGAAGUGCGAGUUGAAUAUUAACUCCGUUUUACGCUGAGGAGAGCAGUGAUGGAAAUGAGACGAAUAUGACGCAAUCGUUGUUUUAUUUCGAGUUGCCCAACUCAUGAAUUGUAUAAAUUGCGAAUAAACCUGAAUCAUCUCAAUCCGUAAUAGAAUGCUAGCUUGGUGCAUUGGUUCUGGGUUAAAACAGAUACAUGAUUAGACUACAUCAGCGCUUAGAAGUGGAUCGCCCGUUGUGUUUUUCUCUCCAUACGUUCGUUGUUAAGAGAUGACAGGAUUGCAACAGGAGAAUACAAUGCUGGCUGAGUAGCAGCAGAGGUGUGGCGCGGUGAGAGUGAGAGUGUGGUGGAAAGGACUAUUUCGGCUGUCAUUCACUUCCUUUCUCGACAAAAAAUUACGAUCAUUAGCCAAAUCAAUACGAAUAACAUUUGCAUUAAAAAAAGUUUUUUUUCUGCUUGUGAUGAAAAAACUGAGACAGAUAAUUGAGUUUGACAAAUUUCUCAUAGAGGGUAAUUAUAUGGAGGGCUCUAUGCCCUUGUGAGCGGCCUUCCAGAAGUUAAUCGAAAUAUUCGCCAUGGCGGACGAAAAUAUGCGUGUAGGCAUGUUUUUAGUUGUUUACUACGUUUUAUUUAUCAAUUCCUCCUCAGAUCUUACGUUUCAGGUUUGCCCAGAAAUUUCCGAUGGGACGCAGCUGGGGGACGUUGGCGGGUUCGCCGACUUGGGUACCACAUCUACAUUCAGCUGCUCCAUCUCCUCCAGAGAUCGCUUCGAGUAGUGGGCUGGCGCCAGAUAUCGCCAGAACACCGCGUCUUCGCCCUUAUGGUUUUUCUUGAUGAACGACGCAACUUCCGGCAGGCACGUCGUACUAUCGAUUUCCCCGUUCAGCGCCAGUCCGGAGCGAAAGAAGAGCGGUUUUAAAAUCCCCGUCUCGCUGAUUGUCAGCCACAGCAGCACCUUUUGGGGAACUUCCUUCGUGAGCAGGGUUGCAACACUUAAAUCUGUGUUCUCCCUUGAAAAAAUCUGAGCAUCUGUAUCUGGAACAAAAAUAUCUGUAAAAAAAUCUGUAUUGUUUAAACAUAAAGAAUUUUGUAUUUUUUAAGUUUUUAUGGUACAUAAACAAAAUUUUUAGCUUAAAACGUGUGAGGAGUUGAAAAUAUGUUCAAUUUGCUUAAUAUUUAAUGAAAUAAAAUUUGGAUUGUUUUCAAAAAUUAAUGUCAAUUUCGAAAAAUCUGUAAAUCUGUACUUUUCGACGAAAAUCUGUAUAUCUGUAUAUACAGAUUCUGUAUCGUUACUUCGGCCAAAAAUCUGUAACAUACAGAUUAAUCUGUACAUGUGGCAUCCCUGUUCGUGAGAGAUGUAAAACACGAAGCGCCCUGCCAGUCGUUGCCAUCCAGGGUGAGAUAGGUCUCGUCGUCCACCGCCACGUAGCGAUUCGCCGGAAAAAUCGACUUGACCAACUUAUUCUGCCGCUGCCGCUGCGUCACUGCCUGCAGCUCCGAAACCAGUGGAUGCGACUAACGCUUUCUGACAUGUAUGUCCUUUUUCUAUGUUUGGCCGGUUGUAGCCACUUAUCCCUCGAUCUUCCUUUGGAGCUUGUUGUCGCUCAGGGUCGUCGGCCGUCCGGAACAGGGUUUCUUUCGAUGCUCUGAUUGUUGUCCAAUAGUGCCAAGGUGUUGUAGAUGCCGGAACGGGCGUAUUCGGCGUCUACAAAGUGCCGCACGAUGUCCGUUUUCGACGUGGUGGGGUUGCGUUCUUCGAACGCGCGCAUUUCUUUUUUUAGUUCGCGCUCUAUGGUAAAACCUGUGUUGACUAGUGUUAUUUUUUGGUAUUACCACAAACAGAGAAAGUUUUUUUUUCAAAUUACAAUUAUUGUCGAUAGUUUAAGCUGCUUUCCUUUCUUUCGUUUUUUUAGAAUUUGUUCCACAAUUAAUCUUUUAAGUAUACAAAGACAAGAUGCGAUGUCGGUUGAUGCAUGUAACAACGUAUCAAAUAACAUAAAAAAACAUUGAUAAAAUAGUACCACUUCAAGUCAUCAACGUAGUUAAAUUAGUUACGAAACUCAAUAAAUUAAACACUUCAUUAACACCACUAGCAUAGCGUGGUGGGGGCGGCGGGGGCGGUCCGCCCCGGGUGUCACCCUCUAGGGGGUGAAACCCAUGCGGAAAAUUUUUCAUAUGUGUCACCUUCAAAAUGGUGAUAUUCGUGAGAUUAACUAUCAAUUAGGUGGAGGUCGUAGUGAAACGUUUGAAAAUUAUAUAAAUUUGCUUUUAAGAGUAUAAUCUCAACAAUUUUUUCAAAAAUGGGCAGAUUUAGUACAAUUGAAAACGAACGUGCUAGCCCUCACAAUUUUGGAUAACAAAAUGGUUUCACUGCAACCUGGAGGGGGUGACACCCAGAGAGAGAAAGGGGUGACACCAAACUUUUCCGCCCCGGGAGUCACUCGGUCACGCUACGCCACUGAUUAACACCUUAAUACCCUCCGUAGCGAGUGAUGGCAGUGAUCGACCUUAAACAUAACAUUAUUGCCAUGUUACAGAAUUUCGAUAGUUAGUUGUCAAAUGUUUUGUAACGCUGGUUGAUGAAGCAGUACCAAUUUUGUUAGGGUCUUCAGCUGGUGCCCUUUUUCUGCGCCGCAGUACCCCAUAGUGGCUACAGGUUAAUGCAAGAUCAAAAACUAUUAGCCACCGUAGUUUCAUUGCUAUCGAGGGUUCUUUUUCAAGCAACUUAACUUAGAUCUUUAUAUCAGUACGAAUAAGAUUUCAUAACAACAAACUAUCCAUUCACAUCUAAGCAAAAGUAAAAAAAUAAUAUUGCAAACAAGAAGGGACAAAUAUUUUUCGAUUGUAAAUAGGUAAAAUAAAAACAAAUUUUAUGGCUGUUUUACUGUUAAUAAAUAAAACAAAAAAAAAAACAAGCAACUAGAUUUUUCUGUGAAGAAAUUACAAUUAACACAAAACAUUACCAUGUGAUUAUAUUUAACGGAGUAAAAAGUACAUUGUUCAAAAAGGCACAAAUUAGUAAAUUUAUAUGAACAGAGUAGCAGAGCAUAAACGCUGUCUAAAUGUCUAAGAAAUCAAACCAAUGAAAUCCAAACCAAACCCACUCUCAUCUGAUCCGAGUUUAAACACUUUCCUCUAUACAUGGGAGAUGGGAAAACCGGAGGCUAUCAGCUUUUUAACCUUCAAAUUAUAAAUAUAGAGAAGAACAAAAAACAAACUAAUAUUAUGUGUCUAUACUGAAAUGAAAAACUUUCGAUACAAUCACCUACUGGAAUGCGUGCGAAGCAUGUAUAAGCGGUUUACUCGACACAAUACAGAUCUGAUUUUUUUUUCUAUAAAACAUUAGCUGUAAACUUUCUUAGAGUGGCUAGUUUGAAUACAUGAUUGAAAACAAAGAAGUAUAAUAAUACUAAAAGAAACAUCAUGAUAUUAUAAUAAUAUAUGCACACUUUAUAUGAAAACGUGUUUGUGAUAAUAAAGUUAGUAUAAACAAAACAAAAGAGAUACAAAAACCUAUGAAUAGAUAUUUGCGACAGAUGAAUAAACAAAAGUAAUAGAAAUAAUGUAAACAAGUAGUUUUGAGAUUGAGUCUCGUCGUUUCAGAUAUAAAUAAAAAUCAAGAUAGAGUUUAUAUACAAUAAAAACAACAUAAGUAAAGGGAAUAAAGGCUUUUAUAAUACAAAGAAUACUCUGUAGAAGUUUAGUAGUGGUUAGCGGAUUUUUGCAUUUCAAAUUUCAAAUAUAGUAUAAGCGAAAAAAAAACAGAAGAA